CUGAAGGAGGAGAGAUUACUAGAAACGAGUAGUUUCCCCUUUUAUCUGGGGAUUAAAUGUCGGGGUAGAGAACACACGAUUAUGUGAGACUCAAAUUAGGUCAAAAUUCUACAAAGAUCCAGAAAAAAAGGACCUUGUGCAUUUCAGGUAAAAUAAAAACCCAAUGUUAAUAUCCCAGGACAAAUGAGUUAGCAACUGCAAGCUAGCUAGCUAAAUGUCCACGAAUGUUUCAUGCGUUUCGACCUGUCUCCAAAUUAAUAUAGUUGGUUCAGAGUUCGUUUCGAUAUUUCAACCUGCGUGUCUUGGAUCGCGUCUGGUGUGGAUGUACAAAAUCAACAUGCGGACGCAUGCCCAGUCUAGACAGCGUGUAAAAGCUGUCCUGCGUCUUCUUUCCAGAGGCAGUGAGAAGAGUGGAAGAACAGAGUAACGUUGAAGAAACCAUGGUAGUUGGAUUAGAGACACCAGAAAAUUGUCCUCGCCUACAGGAUCAUGACAUGUUGCAUGUUAAAAAGGUGGAAUUUGUAUUGUUUAUUGCAUUGGUUAUAAUCUGCACAGCGGAAACAGAGGAAAUCUGAGAAAAUAGGCAUCGUUGUGAGUGUGGCUGAAUGUUUUUUGGGAUUCUGGGAUUUUACAGCAGAGCCAUUAUAAGGAAUCAUGUCGGCUAAUGUUCAGUCCUCACAGGCCCCUGAGCCUGUGUAGGGAUGUGAUUUGGACUAUGACUGAAGGAGUGGGAUGUUUAAAAUUUUAUUUUAUUUUAGUACUGUAAAACUGACAUUUUUAAAACAUCUUGUUCACUACCAUACCGUAGGUGGCAGCAAUACACCUCGAAGAAGAAGAAGAAGAAUAAAUGAACCCAGAAAUUCUUCAUAUGAAGAAAGUGGACUUUGUGUCAUUUAUAAUGAUAGUGAUAAACAAAACUGCACAAGUUGAAAGGAAGUAAAGAAAGCUUGAUAUCAUUGUUUCUGCAGCUGAACUCUUUUUGGAAUUAAAACAUUUCACAUCUGAAGAGCUACAUGGAGUACUGUAUGGUGUGGUUCCACCCUCUCAGGCCCCAGAGCCUGAGCAGGGUAUUUGAGUUUUUGAAGGACAGAAGGAGUGGGAGUGUAUAUCUUUUUGUUAGUAAGGUUUUUGUAGUGUGUGUGGAUUAAUGUUCAUUUUCCCUUUCCCGUAUGCUUUUUAUUUUACCCCUGUCCAGUUGGUGGCGAUAAUACAUAUUUUGAGUGUAGUUCUCCAUACCCCCCCAAUGAAAGUAUGUUGAACAUGGCAGGAAAACAGAAAAUUAAAAGAUGGAAGAAGGCAACAUCUACCACUACACCUGACGAGAGCGAGGAUGGGAGGGAAGAAGAUGAAGAUGAAGGAAAGGAAUCCAGCAUGGCAGGAAAACAGAAAAGCAAAAGGUGGAAGAAGGCAACAUCUACCACUACACCUGACAAGAGUGAGGAUUAAUUACUUGUGUUGGCAGGUGCAGUGAAGACCACUGAGAUUGAGCCUCGUCCUUCUGGCAGAUCCAUAUGUGGUGUCAGGUUGGGUGGAGAAGAGGUUGAGCGAUAGUGUACCGUCCUUCCAGGCUGCCGGCCUGGUGUAGGAUCAGAUAGGGCCAAGUAGUCGAAUAGUGGAAAAGGAGGGAGCUGGUCGCAAAAAUUUGGACGACAUCCCCUUGAUGCAAGGAAAAAGGCGCACUUCUAUUGCGAGAACCAACUGAAGACAGAGAGUGGACUAUUGUGUCUUGAACUCAGUCAGUAUUACUGGAGCAUGAGGAAGCCAGUGCCACAAAAAGCUAUUGAGUGGAAAGAUGGCAGGCGGAUCAAGCAUGCCCGAAGUGGCCGUCCCUCCCGGGUCCCAUCGCAGUACCACGGAGGGCACUUCAGUUGGGACAAAUACCUGAAGGAAACAGGUGCUAGUGCGGCACCUGCCCACUGCUUCAGACAGGGCGCAACGCCUCCAGUGAAUGAGUUCAAGGCGGGCAUGAAGCUGGAGGCGCAAGACCCUCGGAACACCACGUCCACCUGCAUUGCUACAGUGGUGGGCCUGACGGGAUCGCGGCUGCGCCUGCGCCUCGACGGCUCCGACAACAAGAACGACUUCUGGCGCCUGGUGGACUCGUCGGAGAUCCAGCCUAUCGGCAACUGCGAGAAGAACGGGGGCAUGCUGCAGCCGCCAUUGGGCUUCCGUCUGAACGCGUCCUCCUGGCCCAUGUUCCUUCUAAAAACACUCAACGGUGCCGAAAUGGCCCCAGCACGCAUCUUUCACAAGCAGGAGCCCCCGGUCCCAGAGCAGAACUCCUUCCAGGUGGGCAUGAAGCUGGAGGCGGUGGACCGCAAGAACCCCCACUUCAUCUGCCCGGCCACGGUGGGGGCGCUGCGCGGCGUGGAGGUGCUGGUCACCUUCGAUGGCUGGCGGGGUGCCUUCGACUACUACUGCCGCUACGACUCCCGGGACAUCUUCCCCGUGGGCUGGUGCUCUCUCACCGGGGAUAACCUGCAGCCGCCCGGCACCAAAGCAGUGCUACCCAAGACCCUCGGUUGCCUUUCAGACGGUAGCGAGGGAACAGCCAUGCACACCAUGCCAGGACAGCCGCCUGGCCAACGGGGACGCAAGCCAGGCCGCAGGAAAACCAAGCUGACAGGGCCCUGGGGCCAGAAGGGGGCCGGAGUAGGACCGCAGGCCCCCCCGCCCGGAAAGGGACUGGAGCCUAUCAAGGUCCCCAAGAAGAGAGGCCCCAAACCGGGGAGUAAGUUGGGCUGGGCGAAGAGAGCAGGCUGGCUGGAGGGUGCCAUGGCAGGCCCAGGGCGACCUGUGUCCCGGCCCAGAGGGAGACUGCCAGCCAACUGGGCCCAGAGGAUGGCCCUGCAGGAGGGUCAUGUGGAGUCCAUCAAGAUCCCAAAAAAGAGAGGGCCCAAGCCCGGCAGCAAGAAAAAACCGCGGGUGGUGCCCAACCCCGUGCCCGUUUCCCCCACCAGCAGUAUGCCAGAGCCAGACACCAGCACGGUGCCCCUGGACAAUGCCACCAUCCCCAGCGCUGCCUUGCAGGCUGCCACAGUGUGUGUAUACCUGAACAAGUAUGGGAAGGUGGGCCCCCACUUGGACGGCCGGCGGGUGCAACAGCUGCCCGACCACUUUGGUCCAGGCCGGGUUUCCUCGGUGCUACAGCAGUGUGUCCAGGCCUGUGUGGACUGUGCCCACAACCAGAGCUCUGUCUUCUCCUGCCUCAAGCCAGGUCACGGAGGAGAGGUCAUAUCAGCCCACUUUGACCAGCAGCACCAUACCCUCACCCUGCCCACGGUCAACAGCGUCACGUACGUCCUGCGCUUCCUGGAGAAACUCUGUCACAACCUCUACUGUGACCCUCUGUUUGGCAGCCAGCCCGUCCCCCGAGGGGGCCAGCAUUACGACAGCCACACCUACCCAGAAAGGAGAAGUUUUAGGGAGGGCCUCACGACAGGUCCAGGCAGAGGCUCCAAGCGGUUCCUUCAAGACUCCUACUACAGCCCCCUCCCCCACAAGCUGGCCAAAAACCUCUGCCUCUCCUCGGAAGGUAAGCCCUUCCUCAUGGAGAACGGUGUAGGGGAGUCGGAGCACUUAAAGAAGAGCCCCCUGUCCCCAGGCUCGACAGGGCAGCCUCUGGGCCUGCGGUCCCCCACCAAGUUGCUACAUCUCAACUCUUCAGGCUCUGAGCGUUUCAGAGAGAGCCCUCGGCCCAGUGGCCAGGACCCCAACCUGUGGACGGUGGAGGACGUCAUGCAGUUCAUCAGAGACAUAGACCCCCUACUAGCCCCCCACGCAGACCUCUUCAGAAAACACGAGAUUGAUGGCAAAGCCCUCCUGUUACUACGCAGCGACAUGAUGAUGAAAUACAUGGGCUUGAAGCUCGGGCCUGCCCUGAAACUCACAUUCCACAUCGACAGGCUCAAACAUGGACGCCCUUAUUGAGCUCAUCAGCAUCCCCCCACCCCACCCCACUACUACGACUCACGCCUUCUCCCCUCUACAGGAUAUAAUGCACUGCAUACUACUGGACUGACCAUCACAUGUAGCAUCCGCCAGUAGGCUAUGAUACCUGGUGUCAUAUAUCCCCCUCCCCUUUCUCUGCCGCAUCUAAGAAGCCCUGUGGCAAACUUAUCUUUUUUACAUUUUAUUUCUGUUGUGUGGCACAAUCCAGCCCUCACGGCAGCAUGGGAUAUGCAGACUGACUGACUCGCCCACAUCUCCUCAUCCAUCAUGUUACUCGCCUGUUUUUCUAUUCCAUAUUCUCUUACAACAACCUCUACCAAUGAUGCACUCCCUGUGUGUAGCCAUUUCUUACUGUAAUGGCCAUUUUAUGCCAGAGUUUUUAUUACAUUGUUUUUGAUCACAUUCUUUUUGUUUGAUCGAGUACCUUUCAUUUUUUGUACCCUCCCUGAAAAUAAGGACUUGCCGUUUUGUACGAAAUAUGUAUACUGAACAAAAAUAUGAACGCAACAUGUAAAGUGUUGGUCCUGUGUUUCAUGAGCUGAAAUAAAAGAU